GGACCGUUCCGCGAGUUGGAUAUGGCAGAAGAGGCAGCGCGCGGCCGGCAGUAUGCCUACACGAACAACUCGAGCUUGGUGCUACAGGCAGAUCGGGAUGACCGCCGCCGCCGAAAGGACGAACCGACAGGAGAAGUCGAGUCUUUGGUCGGAAAGAUCACAUACCGCAUGGGGGACCUGGCCCAGCGAGCAGAAGCGCCCAAGUUGAAGUCGGGGUCGAAGAAGCGCAAGCAAAACGAGUUGGGCGAAGGUGAAACUGCGUCGGUCAAGAAGGUCCUUAUCGGGGGCCACAAGAGCAUCCUAAAGCGCACCGAGGAAUCGUUCAGUUACGUCCCGUCAACGGAUGUGAGUCGUGUGGCGUACGAGGAGCUGCUACAAGUGAUGAAAAAGUACUUGGGCGAUCAGCCGUCCGAGAUCAUGGCGGAUGCUGCGGAAGAGAUCUUACAGAUUGUCAAGAGCGAAGACUACCGCGACGACGAAAAGUUUCGCGAAACUGCAAAGCUACUGCAGGGAAUACCCUCCCACGAAUUCAGCCAAGUCGUCGAGAUGGCAAAGCGCAUGACAGAUUUUCGAACUAACGUUCCAGACACUCUUGAAGCGGGACCCGAAGAAGGUGGUGACGGCAUGGACAAGGAGAUGGGCGUUGCCGUUGUAUUUGAUGGUGACGACGAAGAGGAAGGCUCGGACAACGACGAAAUCCGUGACGAGAGUGAUGACGACGACGACGACGGUGACGAGCCAGUGCGCGAAGGUAUGCGCGUGAACGACGGGACCAUGGACGAUGACGAGGGCGAGGACGGCGGGUUAAACGUCCACGAAAUUGACGCGUUUUGGCUCCAGCGCGAGCUGAGCAAGUGGUACAAAGAUGCAGAAGUGUCGGACCGACUGUCGGAAGAAGUGCUGAAUGUGCUGAGCGAGCCAUCCGAGCUUGGCCACUGCGAAAACAAGCUCGUGCUACUUCUUGACUAUGACAAGUUUGAAUUUAUCAAGGUGCUGCUGGUCAAUCGUGCCAAGGUCGUGUUUUGCACGCGACUGAAGCAGGCGCAGUCGGACGCCGAACGCGUCGCCAUCGAAAACGAAAUGCAACAAGACCCCGUCGGCCGGACAAUCUUGCAAACGCUGUCGCAAACGACGACCGCAGAAGGGUGGAUGCAAGCGCGUAUUGGGGCGUUAGAAACGGGCGCUCGCACGGAGGCUAAGCAACUGAAGCGUAUGCAACAACAAGACGUUGACACGGGAAACGACGGCGAUGUGGCGGUGUCCGUGUCGACGGCCAGACCUCUCCACAACCUGAGCAUCGAUUCGCUCGUAUUUGCCGAGGGUAGUCACUUCAUGAGCAACAAGGAGUUGUCGUUGCCGGAGGGCACGUGGCGUGCCCAAAAGAAGGGAUACGAAGAGUACCACGUCCCAGCCGUCCGAGCGAAAACGGCUGCCGAUGAAGAGAAGAAGCGCAAAAAAAUCAGCUCGCUGCCAUCGUGGACCCAUGCCGCAUUUGCCAAGAUGGAGUCCCUCAACCGCGUUCAAUCGAGGAUGUACCCGGCCGCGUUCGAGUCUGGCGAGAACCUAUUACUGUGUGCCCCGACCGGUGCCGGGAAGACGAAUGUUGCCAUGCUUACGAUCCUCCAUGAGAUGGCCAAGGCGCUGCAAGACGACGGGUCGAUUGACCUGGACAGUUUUAAAAUCGUGUAUGUGGCGCCGAUGAAGGCGCUGGUUCAGGAAGUUGUGAGCAACUUGACGCAACGGCUCACGGCGGCGUACGGCCUACAAGUUCGCGAACUCAGUGGGGAUCAAAACCUGAGCCGGGAAGAACUCUUUAACACUCAGAUCAUCGUCACAACACCCGAAAAAUGGGACAUUAUCACGCGCAAAUCCGGCGACGAUCGAACGUACACGCAACUGGUUCGCUUGAUUAUCAUCGAUGAAAUCCACUUGCUUCAUGAUACCCGCGGACCAGUCUUGGAAGCGCUUGUGGCCAGAACGAUCCGUCAAGUUGAAAGCACGCAACAAAUGGUGCGCCUGGUCGGGUUGUCAGCAACGCUGCCCAACUUUCAGGACGUCGCGGCGUUCCUGCGCGUAAACCCCGACAAAGGCUUGUUCGAGUUUGACUCGACAUAUCGCCCGGUGCCCUUGCAGCAGCAGUACAUUGGCAUCAUGGAAAAGAAAGCGAUGAAGCGUCAUCAAAUGAUGAACGAAAUUUGCUAUGAAAAAAUCCUCGAACAAGCCAAGCACGACAACCAAGUGCUCAUUUUUGUACAUUCACGAAAAGAGACCGUCGCCACGGCCAAAGCAAUUCGUGAUUUGUGUGUUGAAAACGACACGUUGAGCGAACUCUUGAAGCCCAAUUCCGCAUCCUCCGAGAUUCUCCAAACGGAAGCGACGACAAAUGUCCACAACGACGGGUUGAAGGAGAUUCUUCCAUUUGGGUUUGGCGUCCAUCAUGCCGGGAUGAAACGCGAGGACCGUUCGUUGGUGGAAGCCUUGUUUGCGGACGGCCAUGUCCGCGUGCUUUGCUGCACGUCAACGUUGGCAUGGGGUGUCAACUUGCCCGCUCACACGGUCAUCAUCAAGGGGACGCAAAUGUACUCGGCGGAAAAGUCGGACUGGGUCGAAUUGAGCGCGUUGGACAUUUUGCAAAUGCUUGGGCGAGCCGGGCGUAUUCAAUACGACACCCAGGGCGAAGGCAUCAUCUUGACGCAGCACGCCCAACUGAAUUACUACCUGAGUUUGAUGAACCAACAGCUGCCUGUCGAAAGCCAAAUGAUGUCGCGGUUGGCCGACCUGAUGAAUGCUGAAAUCGUCCUCGGCACAGUGCAGAAUCUUCACCAAGCUGCCACGUGGCUCGGGUACACGUACCUCUACGUUCGCAUGCUUCGUGCGCCUACGCUGUACGGCAUUUCGGUCGAAGAAGCGCAAAACGACCCGACUCUGUUCCAGCGUCGCGUGGAUUUGUGUCACGCUGCGGCCACGUUGCUGGCAAAGAACAACUUGAUCAAGUACGAGCGCAAGACGGGUCACUUCCAAGUGACGUCGCUGGGGAAGGUUGCGUCGCAUUACUACAUCGCCCAUGACUCAAUGAGCACGUACAACGAGUACUUGAAGCCACACAUGUCGGACAUUGAGCUGUUUCGAUUGUUUUCGCUGUCUCACGAGUUCAAGUACGUGAUGGUGCGGUCCGAGGAGCGUCUGGAACUAGAAAAACUCCUCGAACGCGUCCCAAUUCCAGUCAAGGAAGCACUAAACGUGAACGUUCGAGCGAGCAACAGUGGCAGUGCCAAGGUCAAUGUCCUCCUCCAAGCGUACAUUAGUCGUCUCAGUUUGAACGGGUUUGCACUCCUUGCGGACAUGGUGCACAUUCACCAGUCGGCCGCGCGUAUCUGGCGUGCGCUGUUUGAGAUCUGUCUGCAUCGCGGCUGGGCCUUGUUGGCGGAAAAAGUUUUGACGAUCUGCAAGAUGGUGGACCAUCGCAUGUGGCUGAGCCACACACCAUUGCGCCAGUUCCCGGCGCUGUCGGAUGCCAUGUGCCGCAAACUCGAGAAGAAAGACAUCCCGUUUGACCGGUAUUUUGAUCUGUCGAUGGCCGAUCUCGGCCAGUUGAUUGGAGUGCCUAAAAUGGGCAAGGAACUGUACACUCUGUUGCAUCAGUUCCCGAAGCUUGAAGUGUCGGCAUCCGUGCAGCCGAUCACCCGCAGCCUACUCAAGGUCGACUUGAGCUUCACUCCAGACUUUCAAAUGCAAACCAACAGCGAGGGCUUUUGGGUGCUCAUCACAGAUGUCGACGGGGAAUCGCUUAUCCAUCACGAGUAUCUCAUGCUCCAGCGUCGCUAUGCCAAGGAAGAAACGUACUUGAGCUUUACCAUCCCCCUCUUCGAGCCACUGGCGCCGCUCUACUACCUCCGUGUGGUCUCAGACAAGUGGCUGCACUGUGAAACAACGCUUCCUAUAUCGUUCCAAGACCUCAUCUUGCCGACCAAGAACGCUCCCCCCACGGAACUUCUGGACUUGCAGCCCCUCUCGGUCAAGGCUGUUCUUGCCAAGGCUUGUGUACAGGCCGGUCUCAAGGACACGUCGAUGGUAUCCAAGCUGCUGGAUGGUUGCCUCGCCCAAGGCCCGUUUCCAUGGGCGUUCCAAAAGUUCAAUCCGAUUCAAACGCAAAUUUUGCCCAAAUUGCUCGAAAACACGACUUCCAACGUGUUGGUGUGCGCUGCGCCUGGCAGCGGCAAAGGGGUGCUUGCCGACAUUGCGCUAUUGACGCUGUGUCUGGAACACUUCGACAACCUGGAAAAUGUAUUUUGUGUCUACAUCGCCCCGAAGGCUUCGCUCGUUGCCGCUCAGCACGCCAACUGGACCGCCAAGUUUGGACAAGAUAGCGUGUUUGGGCUUGAUGUCGUCCGUCUCACGGGCGACGCGACGGCCGACGUGAAAGCCAUUCAAACAUCGCAAGUUGUGGUGUCCACUCCAGAACAAUGGGAUGUGCUCAGUCGACGAUGGAAAAAGCGCGCGCGCAUUCAACACGUGCAGUUGUUUGUACUGGACCAGCUCCACUUUGUGGGGGGCGGGGAGUACGGUCCUACGAUUGAAAUCAUUGCGUCCAGGAUGCGCUUUAUUUCGAGUCAAGUCAAGACGCCGAUUCGCAUCCUCGGCCUGGGCAACUCGCUCGCCAACGCCAAGGACGUCGGGGACUGGCUGGGGGUCGACGUAUGCUUCAACUUCCACCCGAACAACCGUCCGUUGCCACUCGAGAUUCGAGUCCAAGGAUUUGAAAUAAAUCACUUUGCCUCGCGCAUGCUCGCAAUGGCCAAGCCAGUGUACAACACGGUGUGCCACCAGUCCCAACAAAAGCCCACGAUCGUGUUUUGUCCGUCCAGCAAGCAAGCGCAGUUGUCUGCCAUCGACCUCAUCACGUUUGCGCUGGCCGAAAACACACCGACCAAAUUUUUGCUCGACGAAACGUUGCACGUGCAGCUGCCACACGACGACGAAGCGCUUGCUCACACGCUGACUGCUGGCGUGGGCUACUUGUCGGAAACCAUGCGACGACCUAACCGGGACUACGUGUUGGACCUCUUCGAAUCGAACAAGAUUCAAAUUCUUUUGGUCCCACAUACCCUCGCGUGGGAUUUGCAAGUCAAGGCGUACUUGGUCAUCAUUAUGGGCACCCAGUACUACGACGGCAAAGAGCACAGAUAUGUGGAUUACCCCCUGGCGGACAUUCACCACAUGACGUCGCUUGCGAACCGUCCAUUGAUGGACCACAACGCCAAGGUCUCCGUGCUGUGCCAUUCGUCGAAGAAGAGAUUCUACACCAAGACGCUGUAUGACCCUCUGCCCGUUGAGUCGCAGCUGGAGUUCUUUUUGAGCGACCAUAUCAACGCUGAAAUUGUGACCAAGACGAUCGAGUCCAAACAGGACGCUGUCGACUACUUGACGUGGACACUGAUGUACCGUCGUUUGAUGAAGAAUCCAAACUACUACCAGAUGCACGGCAGCACGAACGUGCAUCUGAGCGACCAUUUGAGUGACUUGGUCGAGCGCACCGUCACCAGUUUGAGCGACUCGCGAUGUAUUGCCGUCGCCGACGAACUCGACUUGAGUCCGAUGAACUUGGGCAUGAUUGCUGCCUUCUACUACAUUCGGUACACCACGAUCGAGCUGUUUGCGUGCAGCGUGACGGCUACGUCCAAACUCAAGGCGUUGCUCGAUAUGUUGGCGGCGUCGUCCGAGUUUGACGCGCUGUCCGUUCGUUUUGGCGAAGACCGCGUGUUGGAAAAGCUGGCCAAGCACUUGCUCUGGCCCGUGUCGCCCCCAUACACUGCGAUCCACGUCAAAGUGCACAUCCUGCUCCAAAUUCACUUUAGUCGCCAGCACGACCGCCUGUCGCCGUACUUGAAGCAAGACUUGAACGAAAUUCUCAAGCUUUGCGGCCGCCUCUUGCACGCGUUGGUCGAUGUCAUUUCGUCCAACGGGUGGUUGAAGCCUGCGUUGGCGACAAUGGAUCUGAGUCAGAUGAUCACGCAAGGCGUCGGUCUGAAUGCGUCGCCGCUGCUGCAGAUCCCGCACUUCACGCCAGCCGUCGUCGACACGAUCAAGGCGCACAACUCGGCAUGCGACGAUGACCAAGAUGUCAUCGAAACCCCUCUGGACAUUUUAAGCGUCGACGACAGCGUCCGGUCGAAGCUGCUCACGUUUUCGCCGAGCAAGAUGGCGCAAAUCGCGUCGUUUUGCAACUCGUACCCGGACGUGUCGAUCGACAUCGACGUUCAGAACGCUGACGACAUCACGACGGGCGAUGCCGUGUCGGUGCAGGUUCAAGUCGAGCGCGAAGGCGACGACGACAGGGACGACUGGGGCGCGGUCAUUUCGCAGCACAGUCCGGUGGAAAAGGUUGAGAAUUGGUGGGUCGUGAUCGGAGACCCCGCGGCCAACACGCUUUUGAGCAUCAAGCGCAUUCCUCUCCAAAAGCAAGCGUCGCUCUCGCUCGACUUUACCGCGCCAUCCACGACCGGAACGUUCAAGUACACGCUGUACCUCAUCUGCGACUCGUACAUGGGGGCAGAUCUCGAAAACGAGUUGACGAUUCGAGUCCAAGAAGGACGCGAGACCGACGACGAAGAGAAAGACGACGAGUAAAGUCCUCUCACACCAUCAUCCCUCUUCUUCACACGGGUCUGACUAAUAUAAAUCGACUGGAUCAUCACGGAGCACGGCGAGCGGGUGGGUUGG